AGGCGCAGCUAUGGCAGCAGACAGCGCACCGCCGCCACGCCUCGGCACUUAACAAGAAAAAACACGUUUAUUUUAUUAUUUUUGCUCUUUUGUUUCGUCCUUUUCGCUUCUGCCUGCGCGUGUCGAGCGUGUUCGUUUUUUCGCUUUUGUUUUUGUCUCACAGCUUCGUCAGCGUCGCGAUUUUUCGGCUUCUAGGACAGACCGUGGACUAAAGAAUAAUAAUUUAAAAAAAAAACAAUAAAUGAAAUAAAGGGAAAAUGCGCGGAUCGCUUUGGGAACCUCUCUUCUUCGCUGAUUGCGAAGCUGCAGCCUAGAAUCUGAUGCUUCUGGUCAUUUUCAGAGCCUGAAAUCGUGCUCGGUGUAACCGUCUCGCUGCAAAAGAGCUCCCUGGAUUUCAGCAGCACCCCCCCAACACACAUACACACACCACCUUCACCCCCCCAUCCCCCCCACCCCCCACCCCCCCCGCGCGAAGAGGAUGCUGUGGAUGUGAUGAAGCUGUGCUGAAGGAUGGGGAAGGAUCAGGAGCUGCUUCAGGCCGUGAAGACCGAGGAUCUGCUCACCGUGCAAAAGAUCCUGCAGAGACCCAAACCAGGCAAAGCGAAGUUGCUGGGUUCUGCUAAGAAGGUCAACGUUAAUUUCCAGGACACAGACGGGUUUUCUGCGCUCCACCAUGCUGCUCUCAACGGAAACUUGGAGCUCAUCUCUCUGCUGCUGGAGUCUCAGGCCAUGGUGGACAUCAGGGACCAGAAAGGUAUGCGCCCCCUGCACUACGCUGCCUGGCAGGGUAGAUCUGAGCCCAUGAAGCUGCUGCUGAAGUCUGGCUCUUCAGUCAAUGGCCAGUCAGAUGAAGGCCAGAUUCCCCUGCACCUGGCAGCACAGCACGGACACUAUGAUGUGUCAGAGAUGCUGCUGCAGCACCAGUCGAACCCCUGCAUCGUGGACAACGCUGGAAAAACCCCAUUGGACCUGGCCUGCGAGUUCGGCCGUGUCGGAGUGGUUCAGCUGCUCCUCAGCAGUAAUAUGUGUGCGGCUCUUCUGGAGCCCAAACCCGGAGAUUCGACCGACCCCAAUGGGACAAGUCCGCUACACCUGGCCGCAAAGAAUGGACACAUAGACAUCAUCAGGCUGCUGAUUCAGGCAGGCAUCGAUAUCAACAGGCAGACGAAAGCUGGCACUGCCCUCCAUGAGGCGGCACUGUGUGGCAAAACAGACGUGGUGCGCCUCCUGCUGGACAGCGGCAUUAAUGCGACAGUAAGGAACACGUACAGCCAGACUGCACUGGACAUCGUCUACCAGUUCACAGCCACACAGGCCAGCAAGGAGAUCAAACAGAUGCUGAGAGAUGCGUCGGCCGCCCUGCAGGUCAGGGCUCUGAAGGAUUAUUGCAACAACUACGACCUGACCAGCCUCAACAUCAAAGCAGGAGACGUCAUCACAGUUUUGGAGCAGCACUCGGACGGCAGAUGGAAAGGCUGUAUUCAUGACAACCGCACAGGAAAUGACCGAGUGGGCUACUUCCCUUCCAGCAUAGUGGAGGUGAUCUGCAAAAGGCCAGGUGCUCCAGGUUCAUGGAGUACAGUCGUUUGUACCCAACAGUAUCAAACCAUCCCGCUGUGCGUGAGUGGUUGCGCGUCCCCCACUGCCGCCUUGCCGAAUGGGGAAUCGUAUCAUGAGAUUCUUAUCCUGCCGCCUCCACCCGUGCCACAUGCCCAUCAGCCACUUUUUACUUCCUUUGGGUAUAACAGGUCGCAAAGCACCCCAACUGAGCCACUCAACCAACAAGGUUCCCGCGGUUCAGAGUCCAGCCCUCACGGCUCCCCGACUCCCUCUGGCGGGCCACAGGGGGGCAGCAGUGAGGAGAUCUGGGUCCUGCGCAAGCCUGUAGCAGGUGGAGAUCGCAGCAGUGUGGGCAGUUCGGGCAGCGUGGCCAGUGCCCGCUCCUCAGGUAGCGGCCAGAGCGCUGGGAGCAGCUCCCACAUUCUCCAUGCCCAGGCUGAGGGGGUGAAGCUUCUGGCUACAGUGCUGUCGCAGUCAGCUAAAGCUAAAGAGCACCUUCUGGAACAGUCCAAGUCCCUGGAACAUUCGUCCAUUACCACAACGAAGGGUCCCACCUCGCGCAGCCAGAGCGUGUCGAGCUGUCCUCUCCACGAGCAGCCGUACUCAGAGUCUCAGAGGAAAGUUGACGCUCAGUCCGAGGGGAAGAGCUCAGAGGCCGUUAUCGAAUGGCUGAGCGAAUUUCAGCUGCAGGUCUACGCUCCAAACUUCAUCAACGCCGGCUAUGACAUUCCCACCAUUAGCCGAAUGACCCCAGAGGACCUGACAGCCAUUGGCGUAACUAAACCAGGUCAUCGCAAGAAGAUGACCUCAGAGAUCAACAAGCUCAGCGUGACAGAGUGGACACCUGACCAAAAGCCUGCUAAUCUCGGCGAGUGGUUAACCAUGAUAGGGCUGAGUCAGUACUACCAAGUUCUGGUCCAGAACGGCUAUGAGAACAUUGAGUUCAUCACUGACAUCACCUGGGAGGACCUGCAGGAGAUCGGCAUCACGAAGCUCGGCCACCAGAAGAAGCUCAUGCUGGCUGUGAAGAAGCUGGCAGAGAUGCAGAAAAGCUCUGAAAAUCGAAAUACGCGUAAGAAACCUCCAUCCUCACAGGACAUGGUGGCUAUCGAGAGCCCUCCACCGGACAGUGGAGAGUGCAUGUCUCCAAAGAUGACCACCUUCCAGGACAGCGAGCUGAGCGGGGAACUUCAGGCUGCCCUGAGCCGCCCUGUAAAUGUGCAGGAUGGACCUGAGGUCCGAAAUAAUGCCAACGGGGGUCCGGUUCCCCAGCAGCGCUCACGUAGCCUCCAUGAGAACAGCAUCAACAAGAGCCGGGACUCAGAGGAACCGAUUGGUCCUCCUAGAAAAGAGGCUCGUACAAUGCGUCAGAGCAGUCAGGCGGGAGGCCAGAGAGGAAGUGUUUCACAACCAAAACCACGACAGUCUUACCCACAAGGCAGUGGUCCUCCUUAUACUCCACCUCAGACUCCGACCAAGACCAAGCCGCCUUCCUCUCAGACCAUGGCAUCAUCUCAGACCAAGCCCAAACCGAGCCCCCAGCUUCUGCAGCAGACAGAGAGACCCAUGUCCCCUCGCUCUAUGCCUCAGUCUCCAACUCACAGAGGGCAUCCACAACCAGCCCCACAGCCUGUGGAGAGUGUAGAAGCAGUGCAGUCAGCACCAGCUGUCUCUGUACCUCUCCUGUGCCUGCCACCAGAGGGUGAUGCUGACGAUGGAAAUGAGCAAGGUACACCAAAGAAGCGAGCUCACAGUCUGAACCGCUAUGCUGUUUCCGAUAGUGAAACAGAGCGGGAUGAGGUAAACGUGCCAGACAUGGGUGGCAAAUACGCAACCGUCCAGCAUCGGGUGGGCCGAAGUAACUCCAUGAAAGGGCAAGCAGACAAGAAUGUGAACCGCAGCCAGUCUUUUGCUCUUAGGCAGAAGAAGAAGGGUCCUCCACCGCCUCCACCCAAACGCUCCAGCUCGGCUAUCUCCAGCUCCAGCAGCAACCUGACUGAGGUGCCCAAAGAAACAGGCACAGGUGGUCACCUCCUGGAUGUCAAUUACCAACCACAGAGACGCGCCAGUGACCUGGGGGGCACCGUGGACACAGGAAGUGCGGGCAGUGUAAGGAGCAUCGCUGCCAUGCUGGAGAUGUCCUCCAUUGGAGGGGGAGCUAAAGGUCUGGCUCAGAAAUCUACAGGACAUUAUCUACAGGUGAGUACAACAGGCGGGAAGCAACACGAUGCCAUUGGUCUGGAUGGAGAGGUGGUGAACCGGCGCAGGACCAUCAGUGGGCCAGUGACUGAUCUGGUGGCUGCAGCUAAAAGAGGUCCACACCAGCCUCAGCCUAUGCAGAUCCAGCAAGUCCAGCAGGUCCAGGACAGACUGUCACAGGAACCUCAGCAAAGCUCUACUGGCAGCUCAGCCGAAAAUCUGCCAUUCGCUGAGGAUGGAAACCUCACCAUCAAGCAGAGACCCAGACAGGGCAAGGGUGAGGGUGAUGACGGAGUGGAUGGUAUAUAUUCCCUGCCACAAGAGGAGCCCCCCAACAUGGAUGGUACAAGCACUUUUAAAAGGAGGACCUGGAGCUCCAAGCAACACCAAGAGGAAGCCAAGUUCCACCUCAUUGAGUCCAACACGGUGAAACGAAGACCCAAAAGCAGGGAGAACAAGGAGUCUGAGGAGCCGCAGCAGCAAGAACCACAGGCUGUGCCUUACCAGAACGGUACUGGCACCAUCAAGAGACGCCCAACAUCUGACAUGACUGUGUCUGAACAGCCUAGGCCACAGGAGCAUGUAGAGAACAAGCCUCGCAGGGACAGCGCAGACCUGGAGGGCCAGCUUAAUGAAAGCAUGCCUCGCAAACCUGCCAAACCUCCAGUGUCACCCAAACCUGUUCUGGCCCAACAUUUGAAGAAGCAGGGACCUCCGGCUGCCGUGACCAAGAAAGCCCCUUUUCCUGGACCAGGGGCACCUGGCAGCCCAGUUGAAGGGAAGAAAAUGCCUCCUCCAGUUUCUCCGAAACCCACCCCUCCUCCCACGGCUCCCAAGCCGUCGAAGAACAUCCUUCAGUCCAUGAAUGCAACGCCCAACCAGACCCCUGUGCCAUCUCCAGCAAGGCAACCGGUCACGAAGAUCGAAAGCCCAGCUUUGACCAAACCCGGUCAAGUCCCGACUCCGCCGGCCCAAAGCCCCCAGACUCCACACACACCGCAGACCCCGGUGACGCCACAAACCCCGCAGACGCCCCAAACUCCCCAGACCCCUGUGCCUCCCCCUGUGAAGCCUCCUCGCUCCUCCAUCAGUGGGGUGUCUAUGGACAGUGGCAGCGGCGGAUCAGGGCCAGGAUCGGGAGUAAUGACUGCGGAUGCUGUGCAGCAGAAGAUUGAGGAGACUAGCGCUUCACUGGCUGCAGCAUUACAGGCCGUGGAAGAGAAGAUUAAAGAAGACAGGCACAGAGACUCAGUGACAGAGAACAAGAGCACAGUGAGCAUCCUGGACGACAUCGGCAGCAUGUUUGACGACCUGGCAGACCAGCUGGACGCCAUGCUGGAGUGAAGAGCACAGCCUGCGUCUCUGUGGCACAACCUCAGGACCCAGGAGAGCACAAAAAGGGCACAAAUAACCAACCGACUAACCAAACAAACCCACAAAACCUUCAGAACCUCCAAAACCUCCGACCCCCAGCCUCCUGUACCUUCUCCCUCCUGUUCUUCUCCUGCUUCCUGAAUAUCCCCACUCUCCUUCUCUCUCCCCCCCGAAGUUGGUUUGCACAACCCCCACAGGUGAAGUGACCUCAGGGCUGGGCGAUGAAGAUCAUCCAGGGCUUUACGAGGGUGGAGAGGGCAGAGGACGAGUUUUACCAGAAAAUAAACUCAACUGUCUGUUCUUUUCCAUUCAAAAAUGCUAUCGUGAGGAAUGAAUAGAAAAACAAUACCAAUAAUUACUGUAUAUGAAAUUAUAGUAUGGUAUGUGUACAUUGUAAGCAUGAGGAAAGUUUGUAUCUAUAAAGAAAAAAAUCUCAUAGUGAGAGUCAUGCAUUAGUACAGUAAUAUAUAUAUAUAUAUAAGUAUAUAUAUAUAAAUAUAUAUAAAUAUUUUAUUUUGUUUUUAUUUCAUGGUAAAUGGUACAAUACAGUGUUAUGUUACAGAACUCUAUGGACUUUCCUGACAGAAAUACAAAUUUUUCUAUGACAAAAACAGAGUUUAAAAAAGAUGCUAAGCUAGCUGUCAUAUAAAUAUAUAUUAACUGUGCUCAGUAGAGGGCAGUAGUGAGCCGUGUUGACUUUAGUGAUUGGAGUUCCUGUGAAAUCCUACUCUGCUCUGUGUGCUUGCCUCGAGCUCCCGUACCUCUGUAUAGAACCUUUUAGUUUUCCGCUGCCUCAUUCAACACGGAUGUGUCCGCACGAGGGAUGGGCAUGAACUCAGUUCAGUUUAUUCAUUAGCACUGUUUACAAACAGUCAUCGUCCUGAUCCAGAUGCAAAAAAGGGUUGAGAAGUUGACUGUUCUAUCGGCUAAAAUGAUUAAAAACGCAAUCAAGGGAGGUCUCAGAACAAACAAGGUGGUGAUGUGGACCAAUCACAGUCAGGGGGAGGUCCCAGAACAAACAAGGUGGUGAUGUGGACCAAUCACAGUCGGGGGAGGUCUCAGAACUAACAAAGCAGUGCUUAAAACCAGUCACAGUCAGGGGGAGGUCUCAGAACUAAUGAGGCAGUGAUUAGAACUAAUCACAGUCAGGGGGAGGGCUCAGAACGAAUAGAAAAUUGCAAAAACUUGUGUGUCUGUUAUUAGCUGUAUUCAACUAAUCAAAUUAGUUGUGUCUAAUCAAAUCCAACUGAUGAAAUGAUGUUACUAUUUGCAUAUUCAUAAAUAUUAAAAUGCCCAUCCCUGGUCCGUAUGUGCCAUCAUGCCCCCGUUUCUGCCCCCCAACCUCGUCCUGCGCAGUGUCUCGUGUGCCUUAACACGACAGGUGACCUCAGAGCUGAAAACACACUCACGGAUGUUGAUUCUGGGAGUCAGUAGAGGGUGCUGUGGAGAGAUUCUGAACAAAAUAGAAAUCAGUGACCUCAAUCUAAACAAAUCCUGGCCUGAGCAGAUAACAAAACUGCAGUAUAAUAUAGAAGAUAAAAGCCCCCAUGACAUCACCACAGGUUUACAACUACAGUUUUAGAACAACGUUUGGUUCUUUUCAUAAAUCUUGCACCACCUAGCCAUUGAAGGCGGUAAUAUCUCAAGACAUAAAAGCUGCAUGACUUAUGUUUACGCCAAAUUUAUUCUUUUUCAGUUAAGUUUACGAGUAGGAUUAGCAUCAUGACAGUAGACUGGCAAUGGCAAACUGGACAUUCCCUGUUUUUGAAAGGAGCAAAUAUGGAAAGCUCUGCCACCGCAAACGGCAACAGCAGCAUGCUGCAGUGGUUUGCAUGAUGUUCCACCAAGAACCGUCACAAAUGAAUAAUCCAGGUUGUAUUUCCUCGGAAAUGCAGGCACUGAACGCCCAUAGUUUCAGUGUCCAGGGGGUUAUUCCACAAAGCAGGAUUCCCCAGUUAGCCAGACAACUUAAGGCCAAAGAUGAGGACUGUCCAAUGGGAAUACUCAGCUCUUUUCUUAUUGAACAGGCUUGACUUUGAGCUCAAGUUAUCCAGCUAAACUGAGAAAUCCUGCUUUGUGGAAUAUUCCCAGGUGUAGCUACUGGAUAACAAAAUCAAACGACUGUUGUAAAGAUUAGUAUGUUAAAAACACCUUCCAAGAUAAAACAGUGGCUAACACCUCUCGCACACUGCAAGGAACACCAGUAAUGCAACCGUCAUUGCACUGUUUACAUGACUGUUGUUACACCAGUUCAAUGACAAGAAUGUUAAGUCUUGCAAGCCAAACUCGUGCCUGCUGUCAGAGAGUCAAUUCGUCACUUACCAUGACCAAGAACGGCCAACUUUGACAGGUAGAGGCCGUUUGACUGACGCAAAUUAACCAAUCACAAUCAACGUGGCCUGCAACAAAAAAACCCACAGCAAACUCAUGAGAAUCUCAGUUAGAAGCUACUGAAUGCUCAAAAAAUCCCUACAUUAACUUUAACAUCAUACUUUUCA